GCGCGCGCGGGCUGGAGUGAGCACUGUGUGUGUUUCUGAACACAGCGCACAGGUCGCGCCGCUGCUGCUGGGAACUCAGGGAACUCAAGGAACAGCUCGUAAACAAGGGCUAGAGCUCCGAAAACCAACUGUUCAACCUGUCGCUUUUCAGAGUUAACUCCUAAGCCUCAUUUGGUCUGCUUUCUCCGAGUAAACACCAUGUCGACGAGCUGUGACGCGUCCUCGAGCUGCCCCAUUCCGAGCCGAGCUUCACAGCCGCAGUGCUGGUCCUCUCUGCCCGACUCCUACAGCCAGACCCCCGGCGGCACCGUCUUCUCCACCACCCCUGGAGGGACCAGAAUCAUCUACGAUAGAAAGUUUCUCCUGGAAUGCCGCAACUCGCCAAUCGCACGGACUCCGCCGUGCUGUCUGCCUCACAUUCCGGGCGUCACCAUGCCGUCCGCACACCCAUUGGACAAGCUGUCAGAGCAGGAUGAGGACCGUAAAGACCUCCACGCAGAUGACAGUCAGUUUGUCCUGGACAUCUGAGAGUGCGAUACAGCUCCUGUGGAGAAGUUGUCUGUUGCACUCCUGAGCUGAGAAACCAUGGGGUUCUUCUUUUGUUAAACACCCAUGUUGUAUUGUAUUGAAAAACGAAACACACAGAAAUGAAGUUGUGGAAGAUUGUGGGUGGGAAUUUGAUCAAGUUAUCAUGAGACAAAUUUCUGCUUUAUUUAAUUACAACUUUACACUCAUCUGAAAGAUAGACAGAAGUACGUAAUGAUGUUUUACAGUGAGUUGGGUUUUUUCCAAUAAAGAUUUUUAUACUGUUUCUCCAAUGAGUUGAAGUGGAGAGCUAAAACCCUGUUAGGGUGAUUAGUCAGUACCUCAUGUUGUUGAAACUUUUUGUAUUGACUACUGUUCUGCUGUAUUUUAAAUAAAACCUGGGAAAAUCCA